AUCUACAUCUAGGUCCUCGUCAUUUCCUCCUUGGACAACUUCUCUUGUGGUUAUGGAGGUGUAAUGAUGAACAUUCAAGUCUCCAUCAGGCACGAGAUGAAGAUUGGGGAAGGAGAAGAGAGAAAGCUUUAGAGCAAUCAAAACCAUGAUAAUAGAGAGGUUUUGAUAGUGUGAGAGAGAGAAAAGGUCUCUUAUCCCUUUCAAUUUGGCUUGAAUGAGGAAUGAGGUGGUGCACAUAACAAUAACACAAAUGGUUAACAUACAUUAUUUCGUCAUGUGUGGAUUGUAUUAGGAGAGAACAAACUAACUGAAACUCGAUUCAUUCGAGUCAUUCGAUCGAUUAUAGUUCAUCUGAAUACUAGCUAUGUGGUUAGAAACAAAUUUCACAAUUAGAUGAGGAUGAUGAUUUGUCUGAUCAAUUCUUGUAGGUUAAUUGAGCACAAAAAACUUCAAAGUUUUUAUUCAUUCACCAUCAAAUUCAAGCAUUCAUCUACUACUAAUAUAUACCCAAAAGAAAAAUGCGAAAGAAAGGACGAAAAUUAGCUCACCAAAGGGCUGGUACUUUCAAAAUAUGUGGGCUCUCCAGAAAGUCCCAAUAAACUUUUUUGAAGGUAAGCAACUCAAGCAACCAACCAACCUAGCUAUGAUUAUUAUUAGUAUUUGUUUAUUUUUAAGCCUCGUUAAGGUGAGGUCUAAGAUAAGGUGGAAGCCACCUCAUGUUCAUGAAUUGCCACAUGGGUUUCCUUCAAAAUUUCAGGCCAUUCAAAGAUGUUUGUGAAUCUCAAUGAUCAAAAUGGAAUAUAUUAAAACUUGAUCACAAAUUUGAAAAAAUUUGACAACCAAAGCAAAAUUGGAUUCUAUUUUAGAGAGUUUUGGAAUAUGGGGACUGAAUGCACCAUUAUAAAUUCCCCAAAAAAUUAUAUAAGGACUAAAAGUAUAUUCCUCAAUUUAUUUAGAACCUAACAGAAAUGAAUAAUUGGGGCAGCCACAUGAUGAUGUACCAAAUGCUCUGUUUUCACACCACCAUAUAUCAAGGAACACAACAAAGCAACCACACUAAUCAAUUAUCAGGGGAAUAUACGUAAAUUAAGUGUUUCUUUUAUUCAUUUCCAAUCGUCUCGUCUGAAUUUGAUAAUUUCGCAACUCAUCGUUUAAGCAAUACUCACGCAACAUAAAUACUUCUGUUAGUAUUUGUGAUAUCGUAACUUAACAAUCAGUGCUAUAGGUUUUGGUACGAUUGCAUCACCAUUCUCUCAUGGUUUUGUCAUUGAAUACUGUUGGAUUCACUUCACAAAUUCUCUUGUUCACUUCACCAAGUAACAUCAUCACCAAGUGAAUGGACUUCCCAUAGAAAGAAGGCAGCCCGUCACUGGCCCACUUAGUUCGUAAGAAGAAGGCUGGCCCAUUUCUUCAUAUGUAAUCCGUGGGACUGAUGACUCGUCUACUUUGUCUGGAUCGGACACAAGCCCCAAAUAGGAUGCCGGAAAGCCCAUUGAAUGAAAGCGAAAGCAGCGACCCAAUUUCACGAAUUUGUUAUGUACAGAAUAAGAAUAUUAAUUCCAGCUUCUUCAGUUCUUCUUCGUAAGCCGUUUUUCUUGUAUCGUCGUGAUGAUUUUGUUGUUGGAAUGUGUCAUUAUUUGAAUAAUUGCGUAGGGUGAUGUCAUUGUGAUCGAUCCAUCCAUGGCUUUUACAAUACUACUACAAUAGCUAGGCUUUAAUUUGUUUCAUGGAUUCGUAUGAUCGCCAUGUUUCAUUGUCAACCUUUUCCAUCCACAACAAACCCUAGCCUAGCUGGCUGGGCUGGCCCUCCAUCGCCAUCAUCCUCUUGUAUACCUCAUAUUUUCCCAUCUUCUUCUCCUCACUCAAAGCUCUCCUUGAUUUGCCUCUCGUGGUGGAUAUCGUCCAAGUUAACGACACUUUAUAAAUUAUCAUGAUUUUAAUUAAUGAGUGAUCUAGGACCUACGUACAAUCUACCAAAACAAUUGUUGUUCUUACAAAUUUGAGUAAGAAUAACAUUAGCAACUUGCUAGACAUGAACCAUCAUCAAGCUAUACCAGUAAAAAAAGUACUAACAUUUUUAGUUAUUCAUAAUUUUAGAGAUAAACACGUCAAAAGUAAAAAAAUUAAAAAUUAAUAAUAACUGAGUUGUCAGUAGCCUGCAAAAUUAAAUUGAGCUCUCAUACAGGCAAAAGAAUGUGCAAUGUCUCAUCAAAUAUAUUUGAUGAAGGACCCACAAUCAACUAAACAAGUGUUGUCCUUACAAAUCUGAGCAAGAAGAACAGUACUUGCAACUUGCUAGACAUGAACCAACCCUCAAGCUAUAAAUCAACAUGACCAUCCAUGGUGAGGGAAAAGAAUAGUUGAUGAGAUUUUGUGUUUUCCCUCUUCUUUGCCAUUUCUUCCAUGUUCUAUCAUGAGCUAUGAAAGUUGAAAAAAAAAAAGAGAGAGAGAAAAACGAUGGCCAUACAUCACAAUGAGAUAUAUAGUUAGAGGGAAGGUUUGGCAUUUUGUUUAGUCUCUAUAUAUUGAGAUUCCCUUUAUCUUUUUGUGUAGUUAGCUUAGCUAGCUCCAAAACUUACUGAAAUUUUACCUAAAAAGAUGGCCGCAAAGCUUCAAUCACGUAACUCCCACUAGCCCAAAAACUUGCAUUUUGCUCUCUUUGGAGUUCCCGUCUUUCCUCUUUCGUGAAUGAGUGUCGCUGGGUGGCUUGAAAGUGAGUCCUCACUCCAUUGUGAAUGUGGUUGGUGUUUGCAAAUUGCUCACGGACCAUUCAAUAGCCGAUAAAAAUUAAAGCAUGGUUGUUCUUGUUCACACAUUUAUAUUGUCUAGUCACGAUCACUCAUUGCUGAAUAUGUUGGGAAAAUAACUGGUAUUGUGUCUUAUUUAUUGUCCAUAUCGAUCUACAAGUCAGACCUAUGAUAAUACUCAAGUUUCAUCUCGAUCUCGAGAUGAGAUACAUAAACCCUUCAUGCCGAUAUUCCUUUAAUCCUGAUCGAGUCGAAGGACACAAUCAGAACAAAUCCAUAUUGAAGUACUUUGGGGUUCAAACUAAACUCUUUAGAGACCAUUUGUGGAGUAAGGACAAAGUUAUAAGAAGCAUACAUACUAUUUUACUUUUAUCCACCGGGCCACGACAAAACCUAAUUAGUAAUUACAAGGGUGAAUGUAAAAUAUUAUUAUUAUUUUUACAAAGAGAAAUGACACGUGUCGUGCAAUGGAUGGGGACUGCAAUUGAGGAAGUGCUAAUUCAUCGCCGGUUUUCUAAAACUUGGUACUUUGUUUUCUUGUAGCAGGCCGGCGGUUUGGCCCCCUAAUUUGGGGGCUUGGAAUUUAUCUUUAUGCAUGGGCUGUGUAGUCAGCUCAGCUCAGCUCAGCUCCAUCCAUUAUUGCAACAAUCGAGGUGGUCAGCACAGCAAUGAUCCAAACCGGUCCAAUUGGGGAUAGGAUAUUGAGAUUAGAGCGUGAUAAGAAGGGGGCGAUGACUUUAGAUCCUUUGAAUUAGAUUUGAGUGGAUUGGGAUGAGAGAAAUAUUUUAUUUAAAUUGGAGGUACCUAUUGCUGAUUUACUGAUUAUGACAAACAAUGCUAGAUCAGCCCAAGAUAGAUAUAUAGGAAUGCAUGCACCAAUCAAAGGAUUUGUAGAAUUUUGAAAAUAAUUAGCCGUUCUAUUAUUGUCUUUUUUGCUUGAAUAAUUGAUCAAUCUCCACUAAUUUCUCCACUCUCAAUGAUCAAUCAAAGUGAAGUGAUAAUGGAGAUCAUAAGAUAGACAACCUUAUCAUGCAAAAGCUUCAACCAUGAAAUUAAAGUUUAUGAUUUGUGGAGGGCAACAAAUAUGUCCAAUCCAAUGCACAAGCAAAAUCAAAUCGCUAUAAUUUUGUUUUUGUGUUUUCCUUUUUGUCUAUAGCUCUCUCUCAAGUCUCUCAAGUCUCAUGGAAGGAAAAAAGAAAGCUAAACCUUAUCGGCUUUAUCUUUUUUUUUUUUUAAAUCUCGAGUGUGACCCUUUUUCCUUUUAUCAUAUUCAAGAAAUGCUUUACAUAAGUACAAGGGAAAAAAAGAAGCUUUGUGUAGAGUAUAUUUUUACAUUUGCCAAUAAAGUUUGUGCUUUGAAUUGCCAAUUCAAUGAAUUCAUACCCACAUGACCUCGCCAUGCAAUGCAUGCACUAGUGAGCACUACAAUACUCUUAUAGUCUCAGUGAUGAACUGUCAAAUUCGAGUGAGAGGUGUAAAAAACAACAAAGUGAUAUUAUACUUAAACUAUGCGAGUUGGCCGGCGAGGGGAGGUUAACAGCUUACUAUAACUUCUUUAAUCCAAAGGUUACUACAAGUUCGACAUAUAAAUUUUAACUAUACAUUUGGUGGCCUUCUGUUUUUAAAGUGUGGCUCACCCACUGAUUCUGAUCAAAGAAACAUUCAAUUUUGAUCAUAGGAGUAUUGCUCAAGAUGAUGAAAACUUAAAUCAUUGCUUUUCAUACCGAAUCGUCGACUAGAACGAUAAGUUAGUCAGUGGGUUAAUACGUACAUAUAUAAUAUCAAGAAAUGCACACUCCUUUUGUUUUUAUUAUAUAUGGUCAAAGAUCAAUAUUGUAUGAGUGAUGCAAUGUUAUCAUUUGAUCCUUGAAUACUUUAAAAUACGUAACUUGUCCCAUUUUCUUUUAAUUUACCCAUAAAUCUAGAACUAGAAGUUUCUGUACCAUGCACCAGCUGGUGAUUACGUAUCAAAUUGGAAUGAUACGAACUGAUUCUGUUGUUGAAACGGAACCUAGUUAGCUUAGUUACUUACGUGUGGUACAAUAAUAACAUGUAUGAGAACUAGACUGACACAUAUCGCGCAUUUGUUGCCAUCACUACAAAGAAAAAAAAUAAUGGGCCGACCUAUACUUAUGUACGUAGUCGCACCCACUUAAUGUUAAGAAGAAAAGACCAUGUAAUUUGGAGUAGAAGCUAUAUCGACGAGGCUUAUCAACCGAAUUCUCUAAAAAUGAGUAUAAUAUAUAGCAUUUAAUGUCACACUGGUGCGCGCAUAAUAUAUAUAGAUGAACAUCAUUUACCUUGCUCUUGUGGAACAUUUAACGCUUAGAAGGUUUGAAUAUCUCAUGUCCAAUAGGCUGGACACAUAAGGCAAAGCUAGAUGUCCGACUUAGAGAUGUGUACUCUUCAUGACUGAUCUAAAUAAUCUAUCACAACUACCCUUCAAUUAUUAAAAUAGAUGUAGCUCGAUGGAUCAAUUCUUUUCCACCGAAAAAUAAUAUUGUGAACUUGUAUAGAUCGCAUGUUGCGUGCUAGACUACAUAAAUCAUGUGUCUGAUUAUUUUCUUUUCUUUUCUAUCUACUAUCUCUUCAUAAAGCUAUAUAUCACGGCUAUCAAACGGCUCGCCUCCAACAAAAUUAAAGUGCACUGUGGUACGUAGUAGUAGAUGAAUGAAACAUGUGGGUGCCUGAAAUUAGGGCAAAAUUACGAUCAAAAGAACACAUGGUUGGUGCAUAUAUAUGAAAUGGUCCACGAUUGAAACAUGGACGGACCUCCAAUACACCAUAUACUUGGUACAUAUGGUUGUCACGCCGGCCGGCGUACCACUGGUUGAAUCUGGUUCAACCUGUACCGGUCAUAAAACCGGUAUGACACCAUCGGUAUGACCGGCAUGAUCGAUAUACGAAUCUCUAAGUAAAAUGAUCUUAUAUUAGUGAAUUUAUUUGAUAAAAAGUCAUUUAUUAUUUAUUUUAUGUGUUAAAAAGUUAAAUGUUGAUGUUAUUUGUUUGAUUCAAGUACAAAUAUUUAGAUAUUGACGUUAAAUGUCGUGCUUAAAAUAUGAGUAUUUGUAAAUUAUUUGUAAUAUUAACCGGCAUGAACCGGUACAAACCGGUAUGUACCACCGGUCGAAUCAUUCCACUUGCUAAACCGGCACACUGGCACAAACCGGUUUGACAACCACGUGGAGAUGGGGUACAAUUUUAGUAGGAAAUAUAAGGGCAAAUUUUUACUUACUAGAUGAUGAGUCAGCAAAAGGACAUUUGUCCCACUCCUCCAUUUACACCCACCAAAAAAUCAAACAAGGAAAUCCACGUCAGAUACUACACCAUGCCCAUAAAUAAAUAAAAAAUCAUCCCCUCUCCUCCUCUUCACCACAAUACAGACCCAGAGGGAGAAAGAGAGAGAGGAAGGAAGGCAACAGUUUGGCCAUUGUUGGAGCUCUGCUUUGUUCUCUGAAAACAUCACAGAAAUAAUGGGUGAAGAAAAGAAGGAGGAAGAGAAGAAAGGAGAAGAGGAAGGGAAGAAGAAGGAAGAGGAGAAGAACAAGGAUGGAGGAGGAGGAGGAGAAGAGAAGAAAGAAGAGGAACCACCUCAGCCUCCUCCUGAGAUUAUGCUCAAAGUCUAUAUGCAUUGUGAAGCUUGUGCUAGGAAGGUCGCUAGAGCCCUCAAAGGCUUUCAAGGAGUGGAGGAAGUGAGUGCAGAUAGCAAGACAAGCAGAGUGGUGGUGAAAGGGAAAACAGCAGACCCAUUGAAGGUGUGGGAAAGGCUUCAGAAGAAGAGUGGGAGAAAAGUUGAGUUAAUCUCUCCUUUGCCUAAACCACCCGAGGAAAAACCCAAAGAGGAAGAACCUCCCAAAGAAGAUCCACCCAAAGAACCUGAGAAAAAGGAUGAGCCUCCCCCAGUAGUAACAGUUGUGCUGAACAUAAGAAUGCAUUGUGAAGCUUGUGCUCUAGGCUUGCAAAAGAGAAUCCGGAAGAUAUCAGGAGUGGAAUCAGUGGAGACAGACAUAGUAAACGGGACAGUGACAGUGAAAGGGUUGGUGGAGCCAGGGAAGCUGGCAGAGGAUGUGUACAAGAAGACCAGAAAACAGGUCUCCAUAGUCAUCAAGGAGGAAGAGAAGAAGGAAGCAGAAGAGAAGAAAGAAAAGGAGGAUGGCAAAAAGAAGGAAGAGGAAGAGAAGAAGACAACAGAAGGUGAGCAGCAGCAGAAAGAAGAAGAAGGGAAGUCCUUAACAGAUGAGGAAAUGUUGAAGAGUGAGAUCAAGAGAAGUGAGUACUGGCCAUCAAGGAAUUACAGCAUGGAGUACUAUUCUUACCCUCCUCCCCAAAUCUUCAGUGAUGAGAACCCUAAUGCUUGCUCUCUUAUGUGACUGAUCAGCUUCAUAAUGAUCAUCAUCAUGAUCAUGUGAAGGUGUUCAUUUUUAGAUAUCUAAGAUGUUAAACUGCAAGAGUACUUCUUUGUGGGAGGGUUUGGUGUUUUUUUCUUCUCUUAGUUGAGUUUUAAUUUUGUACAAUCAUCUUAUGUAUAAUGGGUUUUGUAAUAAGACAUGGAGUCAUAUGGAGGGUUACAGGAUGCAUGUAUGUCUGAAAUGGAUCAAACAGUUACUAUUUGUUUGUAAAUUGUUAGCACCCUAACUUUCUUUUACAUUGUUAGCACCCUAACCUGCGUCUAUUUUUAUGAGAUGAGAUUUAGAUACCUCUAAUUCGUCAUAAUCCAUCAAAUAUCUAAGGUUUGGAUAUUUACAAUUAAAAUUAUGAAUAUCAAAAGGGAAAGAGUGUCAUCUAUUAGCAACUCAUAAGCAUUAUGUUUUUGUAUCUCCACAUAUAUAUCUCGAUUUCUAUUACUGAGUCUCCUCAUUUGAGUGAUAAAAAAUCUUAGUUCGCGAUUGAAAAACAUCUCUCAAGAUAUCAUGAUGACAAUUGGUGUUUAAUCAAUUUAUGAUUCAAGUUGAGUAUAAUCUCCAAUCUUUUAGCCGCAAUCUAUGGCUAUUUGUGGAUUUUAUGCCUUCAUUUAUUUUCCAUUUCCAUUAUGUACAUUCAAAAUUCGACUCAAAUUAGUACUCAUAGAGUGUACUUAAUGUGCUUUUAUUUUUGACAAAAUCAUGAUUCAUGUAUUACCUAUGCAAAAAGAAUCCAUUUUUCUCCCUAUCUAACUUGGUUAGUUCUCAAGUUUUUUCUGUUUGAUGUCCCAAGUUCAUGGUGGGCUCAGUCCAAGAAGACUUGAUCGGAUGGAUUGGCAGCGUGGGCGAAAUAAAAAGCCCAUUACUUUUAGUCGUCAUUUCCAGGUAGUGCAACCCAAAAUUUUCCGAGGGAAAUUUCCAUGCACAAAGUUUGUAUUUUUUCGGUGUCAUGCAGUUUUACCUUCUCAUGCAGUCAUGCUUAUCUGUGAACGGGUUGUUGCUCCUAGGGAUGGCAACAAAACCCGAACCCACGGGUACCCAUCCGACCCAACCCGGUCAACGCGGGUAAAAUUCGUGUUGACGGGUUUUGGGUUGGGUUUGGGUUUAAACCCGCUACACUAUUCACCGGGUCGGGUUGGGUUUGGAUUUAGGUAAACCCGACCCAUGGGUACCCGCCCACACACAUAUAAUUACUUUCCCGUAUAUUUAAUAUUCUAAAUAAUAUAUUUUCCCUAAACAAUUAAUAUUCUUUAUGUUUGUGGAGACAUGUAUAAUUUGUUCUUUCUAAUUGUUUAGAAUGAAAUUGAUAUUAUGAAGUGGAGAGUGAAGAAACUUAGUUGACGAGGAAGAAGCUUUCAAUUAAUCUUUUAAUUAUAGAUGUUUAUCUUUAAUUUUGAACAAUUUGUAUUGAUCAUUUGCGGUUUGCUUGUAUGCUCUAGAUUGGUGUUUUUUUGUAUGAUUAAUUUGUAUGAGAAAAUUGAUCUUAAAAUUUUAUUUUGAAAGAAACUUGUUAUUGUAAAUUUUUUACCACAAAAACCCACGGGUACCCAUGAACCCGCGGAUACCCAACGGGUUUUAUCCCGGGUUAUUUUGGCGGAUAAACCCAUGGGUUUGGGUUUGACAAAACCCGCCCCAACCCGACCCAUUGCCAUCCCUUGCUCCUACUUUCUGUUGAUAAUUUCAUCUCCUGUAUAAGCCAUCGCCAUAAAUUCAUAUGAUUCAUGAUAUUCAUUAAUAGUUACUUGUCAAUGUAUCGUGCUCAAAAUGUUUUUUUUUUUUUUUACCUUUCUCCAAAAGGGUGUUCUCCAUAUAACUACUCUAAUUUUUUGAAGUGUUUAAAAUAACGUUUAUAAAAGUAU